CUCCUGAUCUUCACAGCUGUGUGUGGUGUAUCUCCAUACGUCCCUCAUCGGUAUCACUUUGUGAAUGAGAAUAAAACCUGGACUGAAGCUCAGAACUACUGCAGACAGACCUACACUGAUUUGGCCACCAUCAACAACAUGGACGAGAUGAAGAAGCUGAACGAGACUCUGAAGGGUAAAGGUGGAGACUUUGUUUGGAUUGGUCUGAACAGAGGGAACACUGGGAAAUGGAGGUGGUCUCAGCCAGAUGGAAAUUUCUACACUGUAGGAGAUAAAGACCAGAACUGGAGAAAUGGAGAACCAAAUAAUCUUGGAGGAAAGGAGUUCUGUGCUGCGAUGUAUAAAGAAGAUGGAAAGUGGUUUGAUGAAAACUGUGGGAGUAAACAUACUUUCAUAUGUUUUAAUGAAAAUAAACCGAAGACUGAGAGAUACAUAUUCAUUAAUGACAAAAAGACCUGGCAUGAAGCUCAGAGCUACUGCAGAGAACAUCGCACAGACCUGGCCAGUGUGAGGAACGAGAAUGAGAGACAGCAGAUCAAUGCAGCAGCAAAAGGUGAUAAUUUCUGGAUUGGCCUGUUUAAAGACUCUAAUGACUGGUGGGAAUGGUCGGAUCAGAGUAGCUCCUCAUUCCGAUACUGGAAUCCAGAUAAGCUGAUCUUGAUCCAGGAGAAUCUGAGCUGGAAAGGAGCUCUGAGAUACUGCAGAGAGAAACAUGUGGACCUGGUCUCAGUUCACUCUGAGGAGAUCCAGCUCUGGGUGAAGGAUGUGGCUCAGAAAGCCUCCACUGAUCAUGUGUGGCUGGGUCUACGUCACACCUGCACUCAGGGAUUCUGGUUCUGGACGAGUGGGUUUACCGUCUGCUAUGAUAACUGGGCUCCAGGUAACGGAACAGAAGGUGAAGACUGCAGUCCUGUAGAGAGAACCGGAGCGGUGCAGGCUGGAGAAGAUCAGCAGUGGGUCAGCCUGCCUGAGAACCAGACUCUCAACUUCAUCUGCAUCAAAUAUGAAGGUUAG